ACCCGCGAUUCGCCAUUGCGACGUGAUUGCCUACUACCGAAGUUUCAUAUCGUGUUCGUGCGUGAGAAUUCGUUCCGGUGUGUCCCACGUCGGACUUCCUUGGCUGCGGCCUACGCAACUACGGGUGGAAAGCUGGCGUUGAUCGUAGAGUAAUUUACCUCCGUGUCAAGGUCUUAGUGCUGAUUCACCGCGGAGACUGCAAAGGCGGACAUCAUUAUUGGAAUAAUGAAGAGAGAAGCCGAGGCAGGCGCCAUGACAGGUUCCGGGGGUCCAACGAGCCCUCAUAAGCGUUAUCGACAGGGUGACGAUGAGCUCCGUCUUCUCAUCCCGAGUAAGGUUGCUGGUUCAAUAAUCGGCAAGGGUGGUCAGAAUAUCACGAAACUCAGAAGUCAGUACAAAGCCUCAAUCAUUGUACCCGAUUGCCCCGGACCCGAACGGGUGCUCACCAUCAGCUCGGACCUACCCACUGUUUUGCAAGUGUUGAACGAGGUCGUACCUAAUCUGGAGGAGAAUGGUUCCCGCCAUGGCAGCGACGAGAUCGACGUGCGCAUGCUGGUGCAUCAGAGUCAAGCGGGAUGCAUCAUCGGCAAAGCAGGCCUGAAAAUCAAGGAACUCCGUGAGAAAACCGGAGCCAGAAUCAAGAUCUAUUCGAACACCUGCCCUCGCAGUACAGAUCGUCUCAUCAGCAUCUGCGGGAAACCCACAACGUGCAUCGAAUGUAUACGUGAAUUGAUCGCUACCAUUAAGACUUCACCGCUAAAGGGUGUGAACAAUCCUUAUGAUCCACACAACUUCGAUGAUUUUUAUGCCGAUGACUACGGCGGUUAUGGAAACGCCGAUGGUGGUCAGGGUAAGAUCGGCGGAUUUGGCGGUCCCGGUCGUGGUGGCGGCGGCGGCGGCGGCGGAGGUGGCGGAUAGGGAGGGAGCGGAACCCGAGGCGGCCCACCACCCUAUGGCGGCGGAAAUUACAACGGUGAUGGAUGGGGGAUGCAAGGAGGAGCGCCCAAUGGUUUGGGUGGCAGUGGUAACACGGGAAUGGGUGGCCCUAUGGGUGGAAACAACCAAGGCAACCAGGGCAACAUGAGUGGAAACAAGACCAGUACACAAGUCACCAUUCCUAAAGACUUGGCCGGAGCCAUAAUUGGUAAAGGUGGUGCGAGGAUCAGAAAAAUCAGAUCCGACAGUGGUGCUGGAAUAACUAUAGACGAGCCACUGCCUGGUAGUAACGACCGCAUCAUUACCAUCACUGGGAUUCCCAGUCAGAUACAAAUGGCCCAGUACCUGCUGCAGCAGAGCGUGCACGAGAAUGCAGAUCAUUACUAAGACGUGGUGAGGGAUGCAUUCGGGGAAGAGGGGAGCCAAAGAUGCGCUUUUGUAACUUUUUUUUAGAAAUAUUUCUUGGGCAAACAAAUACAAACGCUGAAAGUGGAACCUGAAACAAGUACAUUUGACAUGCACCUGCAGAAACGCGUGCAAGAAACUGGGAUACUUCCGGCAGAAUGCUGCGCACAGGAGAAUAAUCUGUAGAAUUUACCACACAUAACACAAAUACACACAUACACACACACACACACACACAGAUGACACAUGCCACACGCGAAUCACCCUCUCCCAGGAAGAUAAACGCUUGUGGUCGAUGCUAACGUGACCUUAACAUGGCAAUCCUUUUUAAGGAUGAUAGUCGCCCAAUGCAGCCUGCAGAGUAAAUCGAUUUACGAAUCGAGUACGUUAACGUUUUCGAUGUCGGCCUUUCUUUAGUAUAGAAUUCUCUUAUUUGUAUCGUGUCGGCCAAGCCACACGUACUGUCGAUGUGACAGCGGGGGGUUUCAAACUGGCGAGCAACCGCAUCAUGUUCCCCGAUGUUAGCAUUCCCGAAAAAACGUAUUUAUCCUUUAAAGGAAAUCCAAAGAAUGAUAUUUUUUUUUUCUAUCAUAAAUCGCGCACUAUUUUACUGGGAAUCAUCGUGUAUCUUCUUUUUCUCUUUUUUCGUUAUUAUUAUUAUUAUCAUUAAAUCUUGUCUCUUUCACCCGACAGAAAAGAACGUAUUUUAAUUUCAAAUUAUAUAGAUUGUGCCAACGAACAAUCGAGACGCUGGCGCGAAACAGCCAAUUUGAAACCGUUAGUCGCGACUCUCCUGAACAUCGAGAUCUGACAACGCACACUUUUCCCAUUACGUUUCUUUCCAGCUUUUUUGAUAAAUUCUUUACAAAUUCUAAUCCUAUGGAAGUAAGAAUAAAUGCGCAUAGAGUGAAUGCGAGGGCAACAGUGUCGAAGGAACGGAGAGAUCGAGCGAGAGAGAGAGAAAAAAAUAGAUUUUACUAGGCAAACGCAGGAAAAAAACUGACAAGUGUAUUCGCAAAAAGAAACUGUACAUAAGAUCCACUAACGUUCCUUUCCCUUCCUUAAUUGCUGCAUACACCGACAGGUAUGCGUUUCUGCUGUUGCAUUAUUAUUGUAGUUAAUAUUAAUUAUUACUUUAUGAUUAUUGAUAAGAGUAUUUUUGCGUUCAUAUUAUCUCCCUAAAUCUGUAUUAAUCAUACCUUUAUCCCCUUCAGUGAACGCGUAAACGUUCUUAGUGUUACAAUGGGUAGAAAUAUUUAGGCUUAAUGAAGAGAUAUAAGAUUAAGGGGGCACCAUCGGCGAAGAGUGAACGGUUACCGAAUGAUUUGAUUUAGAAAAUGAUAUGGAUAAAACACUGAACACACAUCUACUACAAAGUCCGUCAUGAUAGUAAUAUCAUAUUUUGGCCCUAUAUGUUUUUUAACGAGCGUAAGUGGAGCAUAUUUUUCAGUUCUUUUUUUCCAUUUGCCAGUUUGUUUCUUUUUGUAUUAUAUUGUACAGAAGAGAAAUUUGCAAGAGACUUGCAAGACACGAAUUCAAAUGAAUUAAGAUUGGUCCGAAAUGCUAUAACGCUAUUGCCACUGCUAUAUGUACAUUUCAAUAGAUAGUUCGUUACAAUUAUCCUCGAUGUGCAAAAUUUUUACGCUAAAAUCCUGAUACGAAGAUCCUGAUAUGCGAUCGCGAAGAUAACAGCCGGAUUCGGCAUACAUGAUCUCUGUAAAUAAAUACCUCUACUAUAUAGCACUACUUUGAAACGUGACUACUUGAACGGGAGUACCUUUUGGCAAAUAGCGGCCGUAUUGGUAAUUUUCCAAGUGCAAUUAAAAACGAUUGUACUAAAAAAAAAAAGCAUUAUUUAGCCAUUUGUGCGAUCGUAAUUACGAAAGCUUCGCCCUGAAUAGUCGAUUUUAAUACUCGAGCGAGUGUGUCCCAACAUGAUUAAGUGAUGUCACCCUUGAACCCGCAUUCAUUAGAGGAUUGAAUUGUUAUAAUGUAUGCCGGGCUAUAUUAAGCUAGUACAACCUUUUUGACGGAUAAGACGAUAAAAAGGAUCAAAUAUGAUCAGCAUAAUAAUAAUAACAUUCUAAUCGCCGUUUCCAAUUUUCUCGCGUACCGAUGGUCAGCCCCGAAUUAACUCGUAAUACCCUUUCCUCUCUCUCUCUCCUCCAGCCCCUGAAAGUACAUUUUAGUCUGGUCAGUAAACGUCACCCUUAUCAGGGUGCCUAUAAAGGGCAUUUUUAAGCAUCUUGACCGUGGACAAUGUCCAUUAAUGCAGAGUUGUAUCGACCAGUAGGCAGUAGGUGACGCAUUCACAGUCUGUUACACUUUCGGGAUCAUCGCGCGUGGAUUUGCAUAGGUAUACAAAGAGCUUGAGCAAUGACACGCUUGACAUGAAAUGCCAAGUGAAAUCACGAUCCAUGUGUAAAUUCGCAUAUGUGAUGGACUUUACAGAUUUAGAGAUCUCCCAUUAUUUUCACAACAAAAUUCCGGUCGACUGUUCACAGAGGGACGAGCGCGAUUGCACGUGACGAGAUUUCCUAAUUCUGUUGUUUUUCUCCCUUUUGUUAGUUACUUUUCGGUAUCAUUGUGUUUCUACAUCAUUGUUCAAAUUCGAGUGCGUAGCAUCGAGAGAAAAUAUUCUUUGCGUGUUGUUACAUUAGAUAUGUGUUUUGUACAUUUAUUUUUUUUCGAUUAUUUCCUUGGAGUUAGAGAUUAGAUAAUAUUAUCAAGUAACAUUAUUAAAUAAUAAUAUUAUUUCAAUGUCAAGGAAAAUAAUAAUCAUAAUUGUCGAUCUGUGAAUAGUGCCACGGAAUUAUCACGGCCCGAGGGGAUCCUCAGAAGCAGAGGGAAUCGUGGUUUCCCUUGUUUAAAACAGGAGUGCGAAUGAGACCGCAAAUAAAAUAAACUACGUGAAAUGAAUCAAAACUAUAACCGCGCAUAGCUUCGUCCGCGUGUUAUGCAUUUUUCGUCUAACACAUAAACACACACGUAAAUACAUACACUUGUUAAUUGUAACCCAUUUCACUACGACGAGGCACAUAAGCACGCGUGAAUGAAUGACAGUACGUGAGGAUGUAUGUAUAGACGCGUGUGUGUGUCCGAGUGCGUGUGUGCAUGGGGAAAAUAUCGACGCCAGAUAUAUAAACCGGUUUGUUGCAACUGGGCUUUGGUAUCGCGAGAAGGUUGAAAGAGAUAACAUGUAUAAUCACAAACAUGGGAGAGAGAGAGAGAGAGAGAGGGAGAGAGAGAGAGAGAAAGAGCGCUAUACACUCGUACGUAUCACGAUUACGUGUACUGUAUAAGAUAAACAGUUUACAAUUAUUUGUAACGGAUACUUUUUAUUUGUCAAAUAAAAGUUAGUACAAAGAGAAA